GUUGCAACAUACCCUACAGUUAUAGGGCACCUUGUUGCAACAAACCCCACUAAUUACAAGGCUAUGACUAUAACGAUUUGUUGCAACAUCUGUUGCAACAAAUCCCUACAGCUACAGGUACACUACUGGCCUGCCGGCCAUUGCCGAGCAAGCUGUUGCCGUCGCUGA